GAGCUCCGCAAAUCUGAAUUUGCAUUAAUUUGCAGUUUGUUUUAGUUUUCAUUAUCAUCAACGUUCAACAGGCCUGUUUCAAUGUAUCUAUGAUUAGGUGGUUAACGGGUCCCGGAAAUACAUUUAGAGAAAUUUCCCAAUGCCUAACAAAGAUGUUCGAGUUAACCCACCUGAAGCAAAAUUGCCUCCCACUGUACAAAGCGUUCAAAACCCUAAAGUUACUGCUGCAACCAAGCCUGGAUUAAGUAAAGUGGCAGCGAAAGAGCCAACGAUGUCGCCGGUGGGGGCGGGCGGGGCGGGCGGUGGGGGUGGUGCGAAUGGGGCGGCAGAGGAGGAGCGCACGGAGCUGCUGGGCUCGCUCACGACGCAGCAGCAGCAGCGCACCAGCGCGCGCGUCAUCAAAAAACUCAUGCUCGAGCCUGCGGCGGACAAGCGGGACGCGGUGGGCGACAAAAUUGAAUGCGAGACGCCGACGAAAAUCGACGAUCCCUUGAAAUUUCCGACCGUGAAGCAGAGGAUGCCCAAGGCGCUCUGGUCCGCCGAGGAGAAGAGCUACUUCUUCGAGGCUCUCAACGAGUACGGGAAAGACUUUGACGCGAUAACCGCCUCGAUUUGCGCAAAAAUGAAAAAGAAAGGGAUGCCAGAUAGCAAUUUGAAAACGAAGACCCAGGUCAGCCAUUUUUACUACAGGACGUGGCACAAGCUGUCCAAGCACGUGCGGUUCGACGAAAACGUGAAGAAGGUGGCGCAGGAGCUGUACGCGCUGAUUAACUACGGCGAGCUGCGGCGCAAGCUGGCGUCCGUGAACGAGAAGACGUGCGCGCGGCUCGGCGAGAUGGUGCGCUGCGGCAGCAUGGCGGUGCGCGCGCGCGGCCGCACGCUGCGGGUGCGCACGCCAAUGUGCCGCGCGCUGCGCCGCCUCAACCAGAUAGCUGAGCGCGAAUGCGGUACACGCGUGUGCGGCCGCGCCCUGGUGGUGCUGCGUGCACGGGACGCUGCGGCGUGGGCACGCGUGCAGGCCGCCGCCCACAACCCGCGCGCCGCCACGCUCCUCCCCCUGCGGACAGAGCUCGCCGCGCUGCUGCGCGCCCUGCAGAAACGGUGGAGAAAUUGUACUCGCAAAGCCGUCGCAGCAGAGAACGGUAUACCGGGUGAUGACCCCCCCCGGCCGGACUACUACCGGCCCGCGGCGCCGCGCACCGACGACCUCGCUCAACAUCUGCACCUGCCCACCGACAGUCUCAUCUUACGAGAGGAGGCUUUGCCCCGGUCGGCGGUGCUGCACGUGGGCCCCCGCGCCGGCGCCGCCAUCCACCUGCCCGCGCUCAGCCCGGGCGAGACGCUCUCCAGCCAGAAGAUCUGCUUCUCCUCCUACCUCGAGCGCAUGGGCCGCCGCGACAAGCACGCCGCUGAUGUAAAGCUACGAAACGCCAAACGACCGAGGAAGGACAGCGUCACAGAUAAAGAUGAAACAAAAAAACUGAAGCUCGAAGACGCGGACUCGACCAAGAUGAUGCACAUCGACGAGACCGCUAUCGACGGCAUCGAGAUGAUGGCGUACUUCAAGAAUAGCCACGACGACGACGAGAAACCCAGCACAGAGGAGGACCUCAAGGCCGAGGAGACCGCCGAGGAGGAGGUCGGCGACGCGCCCGACAGAGACAAGGACAUGUCCGAGAGGGAGAAGGACAGCUUUUCCGAGAUGGAGGACGACGACAAGUUCCCCAAGAGCGACACCGACAACGAGAGCGACAGCAAAACUGAUAAGAACGGGAAGGGCAUUAAGUUUAAAAAUCUAAAGGUGAAAUUUCGUCUGCGUCCGCUGAAAACGGGCAGAAGUAUAUACACGAUGGUGCUCGACAAGGAUGCUGUCAACGGGAAGGUGGAUGACAUCAAGCAUGAUGAAUUAAAGAGAGACGAAGUGAAGGCGGAGGAGCUAAAAGGAGACGACGCGAGAGGGGAGGAGCUUAAGGGGGACGAAGCUAGGGGUGAGGAGCUCAAAGGGGAAGAAACAAAGGGAGAGGAACUCAAGGAGGAAGAAUCUAAAGAGGUGCUGAAGGGAGAUGAAGCAAAGGAGGAGGAGGCUCGGGGGGAGGUGGACGUGGAGACCGCCAUGCGGCAGGUGCGGCGCGGCUGGAGCGUGUACGACGCCGGGGACCUCACCAUAGGAGACCUUUACCUUAUGUUUGGCGCUCGGUCUAAGAUAGAACUGGACUACUGGUGGGCGGAGCCGACCCCGCCCUUGCCGCAACCGCCGGCCAAGCAGAAACAGCCCGACAUAGACAAAGUAGACAAACUCAUAGAUAAAAGGGAGAAGGGCAACAAAACGCCCGAGAAGGGCGACAGCUCCGUAGAAGACGAACGCGAGAAACGAGAGAGCGACACCGACAUAUUGUUCUCGCCGAAGAACACCUUCAGUCAGGACAGCAACGACGGCAUGUCCGGGGACGAGCGGAAGAUCGAGCAGAUGGCGUCGCCCGACCACAAGUCGGGGAGUGUGAAGCUCGCGAACAAGCUGAUCAACCGGCCCGGCCCGGCCCCCCCGCCCAACCAGGCCGCGCCGCCGCAACCCAACGGCUUCUCCCUGCUCAAUGAUAGACUGAAGCGGCUGCUAGCUCUGGCGGGCAACCCGCACAUAGCUCAGCCCACAUCCGCCGCCUGUGCCUGCGGCCAUGUUUGUCCGCGACGACAGCAACCUCAAAAACAGCAGCCGAUAAUAACGCCUAUACAGAACUGUAAAACGAAGAUAAAACCGGAGAACAACUCGGCCAUCUUCAGACAUCCCACGCCGAUCGCGCCCAAAGUGCAGUCGGAGACUAGCGAGCCCGCUCUGAGCCUGUCGGAUCUGCCGCGGCGGCGUCGCGGUCGUGCGGGCGGCGCGCGCAACCGCCGCGUCGUCGUACAGCGCCUGCUGCCGCUGCUGCCCAAACUGCCGCCGCCCAGCAAUUUAAUACCAGUGAAGAUAGUGCCGAACUCCCCGCCAUCGCUGCCGCGCCUUCUGCCCAAACCGCCGCCCACGCCCACUUCAGAUAUGUCGUUCUACUACGUGUUGAGCGAGUCGAACGGUCAGUUCUACUUUCACGACGGCGACCGCCGCAUCCCCAUCAGCCCGCUCGACCACGGCGACCACGAUCUCGCUGACAGCGACAACGAUAAAGAAGAAUGCCGCUCGGACGAGGAGGAGGACACGAAGGACGACAUCGAGCUCAAGGUGGAGGUGACGGAGACGGGCGUGGCCGAGCCCCCGGACCCCGCCCCUGCCACAGACCCCGCCCUCGGGGCAGAGUCCGCAGAGUCCGCGCCCGCGCCGCACCAGCCCGACAUAGCCAAUUUCCUGCCGGCGGAGUCGAUGUCGCUGUCGCCGUCGCGGCUGCUGCGCGACGCGGAGGGCUGGCUGGAGGGCUCCGUGCAGGACUUCUCGCUCAGCAGCUUCCUCUCACAUCUCGAGGGCCGCCCGCACACUGAUAUACAGGGGGAGUCGCAGCUGCAGCCGCUGAUGGGUGAGACGAGCAUGGACUACGUGGCCAAGUUUGCCGACCUCGCCGCCACCGCCGACAAGCCGCUCGCCGAUGACCUGCCCUAAAACAUCGACAUAAACUAUAAUGAUUACUUAUAUAAGUAUUCAAUACAAUAUGUAAUAUUUUAUCUUAAAUUUAAUAAAAAUACUAUAAGUAA